GAAGAUUACAAACAGCGUUAUCUACUUCCUAAAGAUAAUUCAGAACAUUAAGUACAACUAUAUGUAUACAUCCUACAAGUUAUUUUCAACACUAGCUACAGAAAUGUCUAUAUACUACAGAUCAUUCAAAACAUUAGGCACAGAAAUAUAUAUAUAUCCUAUAGAUCAAUAAAAACAUCAGAUACAGUAAUGUCUAUGUCAUGCAAGUCGUUAAAACAUUAAGUUCAGCUAUUUCUAGAAGUCACUUAGAAAAUUAAAUAUUGCAAUGCCUAUGUAUGUUACAGAUCAUUUAGAACAUUAGAUACAGAAAUGUUUAUAUCCCUUCAACAUAUUUACAACAUUAGAUAGAGCAAUGUUUGUAUGCCACGAGUUAUUUAAACCAUUACAUACAUUAAUGACUAUAUACUACAAAUUAUUUAAAAGGUUAGGUAAUUUGUUUGAAAGAUAUUGAGGGGAAUUUUUGGUGUUAUUUUUCUAUAAAGUUCUUAUAUUGCCUAAGCCCAAUGAUAUCGACACGUGAAAAUAUGUACUGCCUAAUAUUGUUAAAUCAUUGUUGUUGUUGUUUUGCUUUUUGUUAUGUUGAAAAACUUUGUAUUAUUGGGGAUUAAUCAUUACGUAAGUUAAUUGUAUGUCAGUUAUUUAUGUGCCUUGAUGCGUGAAUAUUUUCAAACAUUUCGAAGGCCGUUAUAAAGUCUUCAAAACGUUAAUAAAUAAAUUAAUGUAAGGAAAGUUUUGGCCUAGAGGUCAACGGACAUAAAAAAAAAUCUACAUUGUUUAGCUUACAAUUCGUCUCGCCCUUCAUUAAGUGCAUAGGGCAGUCUCAAGGCACGCAGCGCGAGAACCUUGUCAGCGAGGUCCGCCCCGAACCCUCAAAGCUGAUGACAACUUACUUUGCUAUGAGUCCUGCAAUCGGCUUCUUUCGUAAACAACUUCUUGGACAGCUAAAAUUAAUGACCUCCAUAUGCUGCACCAUGAAAAAGACAAACCACGUGGGAUGAAUGAUCGGAAGUAUCUCCCGGAUAUGAGAUGUUGACAAUUGCUGUGAUUGGCUAUGUUUGUAAUUGAGGCGGAGCAUUAUUUGGAUAAACUAGGAUACUCAGGGUACUGUCACAAGAAGUGCGGGCCGUUAAUCUGCGUAAGUAGUAGAUAAGUGUUGUUACUGAAACCGACAUUAGAUAGACCGGUUAUGAGUUCAUGCUUUAAAUUGAAGUUAGAAACGUACUUGUUUUCUUUAAUUCAAUACCUUUUAAGUGAAAUGGCAACGUGAACUUCCUCACUGGUGUCACUAAGUCAAUAGUAUUAAACAGUCAAAAGUGUUGGUGAACAUCAGCACAGUUAGUUGAUAGGGGCUCGCCAUGCACUUUAUGGCAGUCAUAGUCGUUGCAGUGGUAAAUGUACUUCCUGCCACUUUCUUUACUCUGGCUGACCAGAGCUGUGAAGAGGUUCAAACGAAAUGCGCUUCCCGUGAGGGCUGUGGAACAGCUCUUAGAAGAUAUAUGGUUCACUGUGCCGGACAAGUUUCAAGUUGCCCGACUUUCUGUAAACGUGCAUUGAUAUCUUUGACUAGCACUCCUGAAGGACGAGAAUUUAUGAUGUGUGACUGUAACGGAUCUGAAGACUGCCAGUUGAGAAAACAACGUGUAGAGAUCUGUCGCCCGGAAGUCAUUCGAGCUACAGCUGAAGAUGCUGUUGUCUCUUGUUCCGUAGCUCAUUGGAUCUGUGUAGCAGACCUCAAAUGUUCCAAGGCUCUGGAGUACUACAUCCAACUAUGUCACGGGAUGUUCAGUGGCUACAAAUGCACUCACCGUUGCAAUAAUAGUCUGGCAAUCCUUAACCGUCAGGACAAAGCCGAAAAACUCAGGACGUGUUACUGUGAUGGGUCAGAAGAGUUUCCGUGUCGACGAAUGAAAGUUAACAUGGAACGUUUGUGUUACGGCAGGGAAGACUUUAUGCUUGAAAAUACUUUAGAAGGUAAUGAAAUAAGCCAUUUUCGAUCAUCAGCUGGUCAACUAAAAUGUAAUACGUGGAGUUUAUGGUACUUUACCAUUGUAAUAAUCAUGACAAAAUAUGCAGUUUUUAUGGAAGAUGACAAGAACAAAACAGAGAUACAAGGUAUUAACGACAGUGAAUGUUAUGGGUACAUAUUGAAGUUCAUCUGUCAAAUCGCCCUGUGUGGUGGGAUUGGUUUCCUCAACACAUGAAGCUGACCAAGUCUACCUCCCAGUUUUGUAAAAAUGUCUGUCUGCCUUUUUUGAGUUAGAAUUUGCCAUUUUAUAACGUCGACCACAGUAUUGAAUCUUGUUUAGUAAAUUCGUUUUAACAUUACUUUGGCAGUAAAAAAAAAAUGCUUUAUUUUUAUCAUACCUUGAUCAAAUUGUUUCCCCGGUGAAAUGACAGUUAAAGAAGGCCAAUUAAAGCAGUGUGAAAUAUUGUUUUAUUAAUCUUUGAUUUAUAAACUUCAGGAUCUCAGGUAAAGUUAAUGUGUGUUGGUCUUUAAUAUGUUUCUUGACAGUCUAUGUAAGAAGUCUUUUAAAUUAAAUAUCAGAAUGUGUAGAUUCAGAUACGUGCAACUUUUUUUAAAAUAAUGCAACAAAAACAUAAAUAGGGCGAUUACACAGGCCUGCGGUGGUUUCAUUGUCUUGAUAUUUUUACAAGUUCUUCAGUAAUUCAUGUACGCUGAAUCCGAAAAUGAAAUCCAUUUUUCUCUAUCACGUACGUAUUUUUCACAAAACGACAAAGC